CAAGGGCGCUAUUCUCGCAGGAAGUCAGGCAUAUAGCAUAUACAGAAAAAAAACCAGAUUAAUCAAAACAAAGAUGUGAAAAUGGCGCGCUUGUUAAGAGUUCAUGUUACAGUUUUUGCUGUGUUUCUUUCAGUUUAUUCUCCAGUUAAUGGAAUCUCAAAUAUUUUCAAAAGCUUUUCACCUCUAUUUGAUUUGACCUUAUCAAGUAACGAUACUUCAACGAACACUGUGAACGUCACCGUUCGCCAAGAUGUGAGGGAGAUCUGCAUUCCACCUCUGUUGUUACAUGGUUCAGUUGACCCAUUGAAAAGCCAGUACAAAUCUCAGGAUGUAAUAAGAAUUAUUUGUAAGGAUGGGUAUGAAUUGGAGAACCCCGAGAGCAGUCUUCUUUACUGCUCACAGAAAGGCCUAUGGAAGGUUUUUACUUUGGGGGAUUCCAUUUAUAUCCCACUGCCAAGAUGUAUAGUCAAAGAAAGAUGCCCACCGCUACCUAAAUUGAUACAAGGGGGCAUGCAAAUACAGGAUGGGGGAGUGGGUGCAGUCACGUCUGAAUUAAGUUCAACUCGUGCAAUCUAUCAAUGCUGGUAUGGUCUGGAACUUGAACCGCCAGAGAGUGAAAUCAGAUAUUGUGUCCGUGGUAAAUGGACAGGAGAAAAUCCUUCAUGUGUUCGAGCUAGCUGUCCUCGGCCACCGACCGUUACGGGCGGAUUCUUUAUCGCCAGAGGAGUCGUCAAUAGUGUUUACGUAACCGGAGCUGCUGCCAAAUACUAUUGUGACGAGGGUCACCGUCAGAAAGGUCCACCUCUCCUCACUUGUUCCGGCAAAGAGUGGACACCCAAAGAUCUUCCUGCUUGCGUUCCGAUCGAAUCAUCGGCUAAUGCCCCGUCGUUCAAACAGGAAGCGCGCGGCUGUCCGCUCCCGCCGGAAAUCGCCAACGGUCGCUAUCAGAUCCUGCCGAUGCGCAGGAGUUUCUCGUCGUCGCCGUUUUCGCCGCGAACGCAGCACUGGAACACGAUGCAACAGAACGGAUCGGCUCCUUCCGGCUCGCCUCUUGCCCCUUCCACCGCCUCCCCGAUGCUGGUCGUGCCCGUCUACAGUAGCGCCUUGUACUCGUGCCAGCACGGGUUCCUAAGCGGCGGCUCUUCACUCAUUUCGUGCUCGCCCGGCGGUUGGUGGCAGCCGACGCACAACGCGCCGCGUUGUCUUCCCUUUGGUCCGGCCUCUCCUUCCAACGGAGUGCAUCAUCACAAUUACGGUGGCAACGGAUUGGAGAUGAAGGAGAUUAAUGCCGGCCAAGGAAGAGACGCAGAAGGGGAGGACAAAGUGGACGGCGAAGAACAAAGCCCUGGACCGCUACUCGUCUCGUUCACGACGGCCUGUGGCGUCACGUUUGUUCUCUGCCUCAUUUGGAUGGCGUCCCGCUGGAAAAUCACCUGCCUCCGAUCGUCACCUACCGGUGGUCAUCACGGCCGUCAGGAAGAGGAGACGCUUUCCUUCUCCGGCCCCGUUUGUCACCCGUCGACGACGCCGGCUACGCCAGCGCCGCCUGGUGGCCGCAGACAGCAACAUUCUCUCUGGACGUGGAUCAGCCCCAAUCAAAACGAAGGAGCAGCUCAUGGCGUCCACGACGACGAUGACGAUUCCCUGCCCGCCUAUGAUCGGCAAUUGCUGGACCUCGGCCAGCCGUCGGAUCAAGAUCGAGUGGCCUUGAUUGCCUACAUGAACGAUAGCAACACGAGCAGUCAGGCAACGUUACCUUCGUACGAAGAAGCUGUUCGUUCGGGCACCAGCAGCGCCGCCGCCGCUACCAUUUCGAGCGUCUAUUGUACCUGGCCGGUAGCACCGCCGUCUUACGAUUCCAUUCUCAUUUUGGACGAAGCCAACGGUGCCGCCACCACCACCAGCCAUCACCUUGUGAACCAGUCAGCGGCCAGUCCAUCAAUCGAUGCGUCUUGCCACAUUUCAUUCAUCGAAAGUGACGAAGCAGCUGCCGAUUCGAAUGUCGGGACGACUCGUGAAGAGGAUAACGACCAAGAAGCGGAUGCAGUUGAUGACUCCCGGUCGCCCUGCAGCUGCUCGCCAUCAUGCACCACACAUUCGAGAUAAAAGAGAGAAAAAUAUUCUGGAACUUUUGAAUCGAACAAGUCUGUCUUAAUCGUGGUUCAUCUUUUUCUUGUCUGAUGGUUCCCUCCUCCUCCAUAGAUUGCUGGCACACGCUUUUUGGGCUUUGCCGACUCAUCAAAACUACUAUAUAUAGCUAACUAGUCUAACGUGAACCGUGUUCCACUCUAUUAUCUAAUCCCACUCUACAAUCUCUUCUUUCUAAUUUAUUAUUAUUUCAAAUUGAAAAAAAAAAAAAAGAAAUGUACAAAUUGAACACUUUUUACCUUCUGGUUAUUGCUUUCAAACGUUGGUAAGAUCUCUUUCCCCUUUUUAUCCGUUAAUGGAAUUUUAAAAAAGGAUCUUACGCGAGAGAGUAUCAUUUCUUCUGUUUUCUCUGAGGGAGAGAUUUUGGAACAAGAUGAAUGGAUUUCGCCUCUGGAGUGGUAGCGGCAGCUUCCCAUUUGCUACCGGAUAGUCGUCUAUACGAAUAAAACGAAUAAAGUUUUCUGUUAUUGUUUAACUGCUACUUUAAUACACACACACGCGUUCUUCUUUUU